UGUGUUCGCUGAGAACUUGAUACAGUGUUGCAGUAAAUCAGACAGAGCUACAGUAACAGCGUUGAAAUUUGUCACCCUGUUGCAAGUAUUUUUGGCCAGUGAUACAAGCGAUCGAUAUCACUGCCGUCUCCCGUUUGGGGAAGAGUUGAGUUGUUGAGCAAGGAAGUACAUCGGAUCGUUUUCAAAAACAGUUUCAGAGAGAAUCGACACAUAUUUGACUGGAAAUGUCUGAAAACAAACCGAAUGAUGAUCCGAAGUUAUCCACGACGGACAGAGUGGUUAAAUCUGUCCCGUUUCCUCCAAGCCACCGACUGACUGUGAAGGAGGUGUUUGACAGUGAGGGCAAACCCAAAGUAGAUGUCCUGAAGGCUCACCUCACCAAAGAGGGGCGCGUGGAGGAGAGUGUGGCACUGCGAUUAAUUGGCGAGGGAGCUGCAAUCCUCCGUUCUGAGAAGAACCUCCUGGACAUAGAGGCCCCAGUGACAGUUUGUGGAGACAUUCAUGGGCAGUUCUUUGACUUGAUGAAGCUCUUUGAAGUAGGAGGGUCUCCAGCCAGCACACGAUACCUUUUCCUGGGUGAUUAUGUGGACAGAGGAUAUUUCAGUAUUGAAUGUGUGCUGUACCUAUGGGCCUUAAAAAUACUUUACCCCAAAACACUGUUUUUGCUGCGUGGGAACCACGAAUGUAGACAUUUAACUGAGUAUUUCACUUUUAAACAGGAAUGUAGAAUUAAGUAUUCGGAGCGGGUGUAUGAUGCGUGUAUGGAUGCUUUUGACUGUCUUCCCCUGGCAGCGCUCAUGAACCAGCAAUUCCUGUGUGUGCACGGAGGACUGUCCCCUGAAAUCACAAACCUUGAUGACAUCAGGAAAUUAGACAGAUUCAAAGAGCCUCCCGCAUACGGACCAAUGUGUGACCUGCUUUGGUCGGACCCGCUAGAGGACUUUGGCAACGAGAAGACCCAGGAACAUUUCACACACAACACAGUGAGAGGCUGCUCCUAUUUCUACAGUUAUCCUGCUGUGUGUGACUUUCUACAACACAACAACUUAUUAUCUAUCAUCCGAGCCCAUGAAGCACAGGAUGCUGGUUAUCGCAUGUACAGAAAGAGUCAAACUACGGGCUUCCCCUCUCUCAUCACUAUCUUCUCAGCUCCCAACUACUUAGAUGUCUACAAUAACAAAGCUGCUGUGCUGAAAUAUGAGAAUAAUGUCAUGAACAUUCGACAGUUUAACUGUUCUCCUCAUCCUUACUGGCUGCCUAACUUCAUGGAUGUCUUCACUUGGUCUUUGCCCUUCGUUGGGGAGAAAGUGACUGAGAUGCUGGUAAAUGUCUUGAGCAUCUGCUCCAAUGAUGAGCUGACCACUGAUGAAGAGAUAGAUGGACAGCUAAUAUAUGGGCCAAAGAAAGGUGCCACAGCUUCUGCGCGCAAGGAGGUAAUCCGAAACAAGAUCCGUGCCAUUGGAAAGAUGGCUCGAGUUUUCUCGGUUCUUCGAGAAGAGAGUGAGAGCGUUCUGACACUGAAAGGUCUCACUCCAACUGGCAUGCUGCCCAGUGGCGUUCUAUCUGGAGGCAAAGAGAAACUCCAGAAUGAAACCGCAGCUACUAUUGAGGCUAUAGAGGCAGAUAAAGCAAUCAAAGGUUUCUCACCUCAGCACAAGAUCAGCAGCUUCGAGGAGGCCAAAGGGCUGGACCGCAUCAAUGAACGAAUGCCACCCCGCCGAGACGCCAUGCCCUGUGACGCCAGCCUCAACUCUCUCAAUAAGGCUUUGUCGUCCGAAACCAACGGCACUGAGGGCAAGGCCAGCAGUGGCAGCGGCAAUAUCCAGUGAUCCUGCAUCGUUCCCACACGGUCGCCGCAGCGAUUAAGCCCCUCCCUAUCUUUUUCCAUGCCAUAUUUGAUGGAGGGAAAGAAAGGAUUUGGAGUGUAGAGGAAAGUUGGAGUUAGAGGAAAGGAAAAAGGAAGAAGGACAAGAGAGAUAAAGGAGAGAGGAGGUGAGGGGGAGAGCAGCAUUUCAAACAUAAUUCAGAGUGACACUCUUUGGAUAUGCCUUUAAUUUUGUUCUUUUCUCUUUUUUUUGGGGGGGGGGGCAUAAAAAAAGUUGUUGUGGGAGGGAGGAUUAUCUGGGUUUCGGCAUAAAGAAUUACAGCAGGCGUCUGAGAGAUCUUAUGUGAAAAGGCCUUUACUUACUGGAUAUAAGAUUUUUGUUUGUUUCUCUUUUUGUGUGUGUAACUUCUUACUAAAUAUUGUACGUUUACAAAAAUACAGCACUAAAAAUGGACAGAACGUAAAAAAAAAAGUUUUUAACAUAAAAAGGGUGUACAAACUAAGUAAGGAUUAUUUAUUGAUACCUUUUUUGCUACUCUUAUAAACUAGCUCUAUAGUAAAUUAGGCAGUCUUAAAAGAAUGUUGCAACAUUGUUAUAAUGCCAAAAAUGGAACGUUUUAUGGUUUUGUACAGAUUAUGCUUACCUCAGGUUUCUUUGGUGUGUGCUUGGAUCCUACUUUCUGUGUAAUUGCAAGCUAGCUUGCUGAAUAUGGAUUUUCUUGGAGUUAAAAACUGGAAUUUACAUUUAUUAUUUGCAUAUAUGUCUUUGUUUUCAUUUGGGUGGGCUGGGGGUAGACUUAUUGUGGCUCGCUGGAAGUUCUGUGAUUUUUUUUUUUUUUUUUUUUUUUUUUUUUUUUUUUUUUUUCUCCCCUGCUUUUCAAACAUUGAGAUCAAACAAAAAAAUAUAUAUAAAGCACCUAUGUUCUGUAAAAAAAAAAAUUAAAAAGGAAGAAAAAAGAAAGAAUGAUAAGGAAAGUAAGAAAGAAAAAGGUGAUUAAUAGAAAGCAUCUGCCUAUGCAUGUUUUAUAAGACUUAACUAAGAAUAUUGAAUUACCUUGGCUGCCAAGGCCUGUUUUUACCUGUAGUGACCUUAGUGGACAAGUCCUGGAAAUGUACCGCCAUUCUUAGCUAUAACACUUGGAAAAGCUUCAGGCCUUUAACUUGUUUUGUAAUCAAAGCAUCUACUAUUAAUAUGGAUGAGGAAUCAUGGUUUUAAACAAACGCUUGCAUGUAGACCAGUAGUCUGAAUUAGCAUGUUUAGGUGUUCACGUGCUAUGUGAAAUUCAAUGCAUGAUAGCUGUUAGGUUUAGACUUUUUUCUUUUCUUUCUUUUUUCUUUUUUCUUUUUUUUUACUUUUUCUUUUUUUUUCGUAAAGUUGCCACAGACAAAAGUGUAAUUUGCAUAUUAUUAUUAUAAUUAAUUCUGCUUUGUAUAUCAGUUUAUUAUUGCUAAAUACUUUACAAAAAACAAACUCCAUCAAUGUGUUUUUUUUGUUUGUUUUUUUUUAACAAAUGCUUAAGUGCCCAAGUAAUUCACUACACAAAAUGAAGCCUUGCUUUUAUAAUUUAACUUUCAAACUGUUGGCAGAUGACGCAUGCACUCGCAACUAUGAAAAGGUAUUUUAUAUUACUGUUCAAUAAAAUUGUGCAUGAAAUUCA